GUAUGCAUCUCUGUGGAAAGGAUGCCUGACGCUUUACACAGGACGAGGAGGCGAGCUGCAUAAAAUUGGGGAGUUCUGCAUGGUAUACUCAGAAGUGCCAAACUUCAGUGAACCCAACUCGGAACACGUCGGGCAGAACAAACCGGCACAGGGUGAACAGAAUAAUAGUUCUGCAUCAAGUAAUACGGGUUCUUGUACUUUUGGGCCACUGGGAAAUGGUUUACAUGCUGGACCUGAAUCAAGUGGAUUUCCAUUUACAUAUAAUCACGGCCACACUUAUGCAGGUAGUGGGAGAGGCAAUGGACGAGGACCUGUAAAUCCAGCACCAGCUAAUAGCGUUCAGCCUCAUCUCCCUGCCGUCAGUAAUGGGAGGGACCCACGCAGAGCCUUUAAGAGAUGACUAUGCCAAAUGUGGUUGUACAGCUUGCUUAAACUCUACACUCUACUUGAACACUUAUUGCACUUUUAUUUAUAGUUAACUGUGAACCAGUUUGUCCUUUGUUGGUGUUAUUUUUUUACCUUUCGGUCUAUGGAGCAAACUUGAUGUGAUCUGUUUCUUGUUUUGCUUAGGGAAGCACAGUGAGUCUUCCCCGUAAAUUAAGGGUGUAGGUGGAUACAAGAAAGUAAGGGUAAUGGGUUAGAGUCAAUUAAAACUCAGUACCCUUUGCUAAAUGGAAGAAAAUUUCAGUUACAUGUAUUAUUUUUCUGUUUCUAUUGGUCAGCCAUAUAGCCUUAAAAGGUCUGUUAUGUCCUGUGCACGCAUACGUUGACUUCUGUUAGGGUUAACGGAAGUUCUUCGUAUUGGAAGAGAA